CCUGAGCCCGCGGCAGAGUGGUGAUGGACUUAUCGACAUCGAGACUCGGCGACGCUGCCCGCCUCGCAGCGCGGGAGUGCUUUGACUGGGCUGGUGAGGGCACGUAAUAUGCCGGGAAAACAGAGCUUAACUGUAUGCCCGCAGUUGAACAAUUUGUUGUGGAGACGGCCUAUCGAUAAAAGUUUUCCGGGUGGCGGUAGGAGCCCAAAGCGCACCGGGCGGUUGCUUCUUCGGCGGCGAAGCAGCGGCGGUCGUCGAUCCAUUCCGUCACCUCGCCAGGGCCUCUUCCUCAGGACUGCCGACCUCGCCAAGUGAUGUCCACUUCCCUCGUCCCUAUGCCUUGGUCGUUUUCUCUUCCCCAUCAGCCAUGAACGCUCGCAGAGAGGGGAUUGACUUCCUCACUCAGAAUCCCUUCAGCGUGCAGUACAGCAACUAUGAAAAAGUACUGCAGCACCUGCAGGACAACCCCAGCCUAGUCGCCUAUAUUUUCAUCACAGUGAUCACUGUAUACCUCGGGCUAAGGUACUUGGGGCUAGUGUCGUUGUCGUUGGCUCGGGUCAUCUGGAAUAUAGUUGUUUACUUAGCACCUUCACGAUUAGUCGCCGCCCUGGAUUCCAAGGCACCGAAGUCCGAUACUGCCGACGAAAAUCCUCUUUCGAUGACUUUCGAAGCCAAGAGCGAAGCGAUGCGACGGGUCUUUGGCUUAGAUGACAGCGCGUUCUCCCUCCUUCCUCGCGCCCCGGCGUUCUCAGGCUUCGGCACUUCCUUACUGAGCAGCAAGAACAACGUACCGCCUGGUCUUGGAAAUUGGGAUAAUUCAUGUUACCAGAAUAGUAUCAUCCAGGGACUGGCAUCACUCCAGUCGUUGGAGGCUUUCUUGGAGCGGAAUGUUGAUCAGCUGGGACAAAAGGUCCUUCUUUCCACGCAUCAAGCCUUGAGGGAUAUUAUCGAGCGGCUGAACAGCGCGGAAAAUUAUGGCCAGCGUCUCUGGACUCCGGCAGAUCUCAAGUCUAUGAGCAGUUGGCAGCAGCAGGAUGCACAGGAAUACUUUUCGAAGGUUGUUGAUCAGUUGGAUCUCGAGGUGCAGCAGGCGACUCGGCGUCACACUCGCAACUUGGGCCUGAAGAUGGCAGGACCGCGGGAACAUGUUAUUGGGUCUGGCUUAGUGCAGGAGGUGUCCGGGAAUGAUGCUCCCGAGCCACAAACAACCGGAAACCAGAUUUUUCGAAAUCCGUUGGAAGGCCUCCUUGCACAGAGAGUGGGCUGUAUUCAAUGUGGUUGGACGGAGGGUCUUUCUCUUAUCCCAUUCAACUGCUUGACUGUGCCGCUGGGGCCGAAGUUUGAAUACGAUAUCCGAGAAUGCCUGCAUCACUACAUGCAUCUAGAGCCUAUUGAAGGGGUGGAAUGUGCAAAGUGCACCUUGUUGCGUGCGCAGGCCCAGCUGGUGAAUCUCCUAAAGCAGCUUGAUGAUGAUGAGGAGACUCCGAAUGCAACCACCGAUUCGCCCAAGAUAUCGAAUGCACUUCGGAGCUCGGCGCAAGAGCGCUUACAGGCCGUUGAGCAAGCCCUGACGGAGGAGGAUUUUGCGGAAAAGACGCUUUCCGAGAAGUGCCAUAUUCCUGGAAAGAGUAGGGUGUCGACAACAAAAUCGCGACAGGCCGUCAUUGCUCGACCCCCCGAAUGCCUUGUCAUCCACGUCAACCGCAGUCUGUUCGACGAAACUACGGGAAUGCUUCGGAAGAAUUACGCCGCUGUCAAGUUUCCGAAGGCUCUUGACUUGAACCAAUGGUCUCUCGGAGGGAUUCCCGAUAAUGGAAACGAACAAGACCUAGAAGGUUGGGAAACCAAUCCCAGUGUGUCGAUGCUUUCGCACGUAGGAAGAGGCGUGAAUAUAGACCGCCACUAUGAAUUGCGAGCUGUGAUCACCCACUAUGGCCGCCAUGAGAACGGACAUUACAUCUGUUACAGAAAGUAUUCCACGGAGACGUUUCCGGCUCACGUCCCAGAUGCAGUCAUGGAGGCAGAUGGUGACGAGGAACAGUCUCAGCGAUGGUACAGGUUAAGUGAUGAGGACGUGCAGAUGGUCAGCGAAGCAAGCGUCAUGUCUCAGGGCGGUGCUUUCAUGCUAUUCUACGAAGCUACUGAUUACUCCCCCGAGGCUGCGGAGGAAGUCAACUAUGGUCUAUUGGAAGAGGAAAGCUCGGCGUCGACCUCUAACUUCACGCUGUCGGAGAAUAUGUCGACGACCUCUGCCACAGCAGAAUCCACCUCGGAUGUAUCGGAGGCGACCAGCAUUCCAGCUACAGUGAAAGUCGAACCUUGCGGCGAAAAGCCCCUGCUCAUGUCCGAUGUUGACUGAUACCAUCACGAAUUGCCUCAUCAGCCGACGAACCUUACCGCCAGAUUGUGUAUAUCAGCAUUUAUGAUACCCCGAGUGCGACUCAUUAGAAGGCGUUUACAUUUCUUAGCUCUUUGCUCUACGCACCGCUUAUCUGGUCUGUAUCCUUGGAUACUGGACAGGACAUCAUU